AUGAAUUGGCGCCACCACCCGCCGCAGAACCGAAAUCACUUCCACGAGUAUCGAUGCAUCAUCUGCCAGAGCGUGCUUGACACUCACCGUUCCAUGAGGCCAAUGGUCCAAUAUAUCGCAACUGAUAGGUGCUACAACUGCACUUCCGAAAUAUCAUACAGCCUCGCAACGCAAGAUGAGACAUCUUCGCAAGAGUUUCUCCAAACAAGGCUCCCAGUGGCGCAAGCGGCAGAGCAGAUAGCAAACGAAAUAGCUGAGGGCUCGGUUCAACCGACGUACAUUAGACCAUGGCCGCCCACUACGAUCGACAUAAUCCUGGAGCUAGAUGAUGAAACAUGUACGGAACCUUCGUUGUAUGAUGAAACGACUGAGGAGCGUGAUGAAAGAUUUCGGAACCUCGGGGCAGUUAAGGACUCCCAGUCACAUAGCCUUGACUCCUCACCGGACCCUAGCCCCUCUUCGUCUGGAGCACAUGACUUUGAAUUAGGUGCGCCGGGAUUACAGGCUCAUAUUCGUGAGUAUAUACUUGAGGUGUCUGAAGGAGAAGCCUCUGAAUUUAAGGUGUCUGAAGGACAAGCCUCCGAAUUGGAUGCGCCUGAAGGACAUGCCCACCCAGUUGAUAAUGCGCCUGCACCACACCAGGGCCCCAACGAGCAAGAAGAGGGGCUCAAUACCAUCAGAGACCCAUGA